AACAACGAGCUGAUCAUAUUACAUUUACACAGCUUCUAAUGGAUAAAGGACCAAAUCUGCUACAUAUCUAUCUCACUAGCUCUUGAAAACAAACAAACAGUCAAUGCAACUCGGUACGACUAGCAUGAGGUCGGUAACAGUUGCAAUCCUGCAAUCGACUGGAAUGGCUACCCUUUAAAGAUGAAAAACCAUCAAGUAGCAGCCGGUGGUCCCUUAGUGGUCACCUGUGCAUGUGGUGCGGUGCCCGACGGGCAACAACAACCAAGACCAACCUUUGACGACAACUCCAUCUCUCUCUAUCACAUCUUCAUUGCAAUGGUGGAGUCUGGUUUAACGAGAUUUACCCCUUCGCGACUUGGCGAAUUAAUGGGAGUGCUCUUCCAAUUCCACGUAGUUUGCGCUCCAGCCAUGGAUGAAGCUAGCCACUAUUGUCCCUCUGGCUAUGGGAAAGCUAUCCAUGAUAAGCGCAAGCCCGUGAAUCCAAGCUCAUGGGAAUUACUCGGGAUAAACUAUAGGGGUAGUGGCUUGGUAGGCAUGGAUAGGUUAACGUUGCCUUUCUGGCGAAGCAAGGCAUUCGUGUUGGCAAAGCUUGGCACUAGCGAUGUUGCUCGAUUUCGCCAAAAAAGGCUGGGUAGCAAAGGUGUGGAAACAAACUUAAUUCCUAGAACAAUAUCCUUUGAUGCUAACCAGAGGCUGGAAAUCCUGUUGAAAACUGACUGAAGAUGUCGCUUGAAUCACCAUCAGUAACUUGCAACCAUAUUUAAUGCAAGGGUGGCUGCACAAGUUUCAUAGCUUUGGAAACUGUUAUGGAAGAUCACUAUCUGCUUGCAAAAUCUCCCAAAAUCUCAAACAAAGCCUGGGGAACUUACCAAAUCACUGUGUAGGUGGUGUUUCUGUCAGUUGCACUCAAGCAUCCUUCCAAAACGAAGUUUCGUAUGGUUGGGAGAAUUUCCAAUAAUGGCCAGUUUCUAGU